AUGCCUUCUUUGACCAUUGUUCUAAUACCAGGAGCUUGGCACGUCGACUCUGCGAUGGACAUUCUAAGCGGACAGCUGCAACAAAGGGGCUUCAACACAAGGACCUGGGGCGUGUCAUCCGUCAACAGGGCCAAUGUCUCGAUCAAGGACGAUACACAGGCUAUCCGAGAUGGUAUCUUGAGCCCGCUCAUCGAGGAGCAAGGUAAAGAUGUUUUGCUUUAUCUGCACUCAUAUGCCGGCUCUCCCGGAGGUAGUGUUAUCAACGGACUCUCGAAGGCAGAACGACUCGCUACAGGCAAGCAAGGCGGGGUCAUGGGCCUUAUAUACCAAUCAGCGUUUGUGACUCAACCUGGUGACGUCUUGCUAGACUUAAUUGGAGGUACUUAUACGCCUUGGCAGGUUCCAAAUGAAGAGACUGGGCUUAUCAACGUGAUCGACCCUAAGAACGUAUUCUACGCUGAUGUUCCCGAGCCCCUAGCUUCUGAAGCUGCAAACCAGAUUGGCGGGCAAUCCAUUCUAACUGUCAAGACUCCUGCUGGGUCCGCUUCUUACCAAGACGAGGCAUACCAGGGACGGCGAGUGUACCUGCACACAAGUCAAGACCAGGCCCUUCCACUUUCUGUGCAGAAUUCGCUUGUGAGCGGCAGCGGAGUGUCGUGGAAAGAAAUGACUCUCCAUACAAGUCAUAGUCCUUUUCUGAGCGAGCCAGAGAAGUUGGCAGAUAUUGUUGAAGAGAGUAUUCAAGCAUUUUCUGCAAGCUUUUGA